UUAGGUCACCGUUGUUUGCACUCAGGCUUUGUCCUCCUUACAUUCCACACGUUGUGUUUGGAUGAUUUAUGCGGGGGGUGGCCGCCUUAACGAUACUGUAACUGGCCGCCAUUUGAACUCCUGGCUGGCCGGAGUGAACCCAGCUGCACAGCGGCAGGUGCACCAGGUGUGCCAUGGAUGCACCUGGGACCCUCAGGAGAGGCCUCAACAAGGCCCCGGCCAGGCCUGUAACCCAGUUUCCUGCAGUGAUACCGCUGAACGUCGGGGGGCAUGACUACACCACUAGCCUAUCCACCUUGCGUAAGUACGAGAGCUCCAUGCUGGCCGCCAUGUUCAGCGGGCGUUACCACGUCAUCCAAGACGAGCAGAAACGCUACUUCAUCGACCGCGAUGGCGACUUGUUCCAGUAUAUCCUGAAGUUCCUACGAGAUUCGGAAGUUCCUCCUCAUCACGUGGCGGUACAGGUGUACAAGGAAGCGCUGUACUACGGCCUUCAUCCACUCAUCGAAAUUCUCAAGUCAUCUCCGCCGGUCCGAGCCGAGUACGAGCUGAGAGAAAGUCUUCGCAACGCCCUGCCGAAGUACAAGGAGUUCAAGGAAAAACUAGUGGACCUUGCGUACGAGUUAGCCAGUGCCUCGCACUGUUCCGAAAUAUCCAUCCACCAGUACAGGGAGUUUUUGGUGGAGGGAUUACAAGCGCAGACAUUGUCCAUCCGUAGGGACCUAACGCGAGACGAGAGCACCAUCCUCGUUGGUCCGUUGAACGAUUACGGAAAGGAGGGCCAGUUAGAGGAGUCGAUGCUCCACUGUGUUUUAUUCGACCUGCGAGAGGAGGGUUUCAACGUAGACUUUAGAAUGCGAGAGUCUGUGUGCGAGUAUUGGACUCAGAAGAACAAGAACAAUGACAUUCCCAUGUACCACGAAUUUUACGACACUGUCUGCUGUGCAUUUACCUUCAACUGGUGGCCAACCAAAGGAGUAAAAAAGAAGUAAAAUUUCCAGCUCUCUUGUAUAUUCAAGACCUUAACAAACAGAAAAUGGAGCAGCUAAAGAUAGAAAGGAAGUCUUCUCAUGUCUGCACUGUCGUUAAAAACAAAGUGUUGUAAAUAUCUAUUUGUUAACUGUUUUCUACAGAUUUGUAUAGAUGUAAGUGUUUAUUAGACUGCAAGAUCUUACUUCAAAAGUUAUCACUGUAAGGGGCCAGUAAAAUCUUUAAGUUAUCACUGUAUAAUAGGCCAGUAAAAUCUUUAAUCAUUGAAAUAAAUAAAAUGAGUAAAGUGGAAAUAUAUGUUCAAAGCAAGCUGAUU